UCAUGUUGAUCACAGCAAGAUGAUGAUGAUGAUCAAAUGCGCAGUGAAUAAGGUCAACGGCAAGAGGUUGAAGAAGCGCAAGAAACGCACAGUUGAUAUUGGUUUCUGGUUAACUUGGAGUUUAUCAUUUAUAGCUGGGAGUGAAAUAAUCCGGAACUGGGAGGAGUUCAUCAUUAAUAUAUCAUUUCAUUUAACUAAUUCAUUUAUAGGCAACCGUUUGCUAUCUUAGGUUAUCAUCUUAUUGGCAGCAUUUCAGGAAAGUUGAUCAGUUUUUUGUUUGCAUCGCAACUGUUCAUUUUGUCACUUGAAACAACUUUCAUUCCAGAUUCUUGACCAUUUCAAGUGACGGAAAAGUAAAGGAAAUUUGUCUCCAAAAUGAUGGUUCAACAGUCAAAAGGAUUGAUUUUCACGACAACAAUUAUUGUUAUGAUAACUCUUAUUAAAUUUGUAUCAACAAGUGGUAAUAACAACAAUCAAGCCAACAAUCUGGAAUCAAACGAUUUCCAAGCCGUUAUUCAGCGACCUUACCUUGAUCAUGAUAAUAGGUUGACUCGUUAUCUAAUUGAUCGAUUUGCUCCAUUCAUUAUUGCCCGAACUGCUCCAAUUGAUGAAUCGUCAUUUGGUUUGGCUGAUUUAGUGCGUAAAGAGAAUCGAUUCAAGAAAAUGUUUCUCAAUUAUGAUGACAUGAUUCCAAUAUCAAGUGAUCAUUACAACAAGAAGGAUAAUUCAGUCUAUAAAGAUGCAUUUGUUGGAGUCAGAGGAUAAAUACAAUUUAAAAUCAAGGGUCAAAUUAACGAUGAAAAAGGAUCCAAAAGUGUCACCAAUGUAAAAUUAUAAUGUCAACAUUUCCAGAUGUAAGCACAAACCAAAAGGAGAGGAAAGUCUAAGAGCAACCAAAAUUUGUUCUUUCACCAAUUCUUGUAUCAUUCAAUUAUCUUUUAAUUAGACAACUAUAUAAUAAUAUUUAACAAGUUAAUUUGUCAAUCUUUGAUCUCAUCAAAUAAAACACAAUUGAUUAAGACUCUUAAACUGUUGAAUUAACCAUCUUUUAAAAUGUUACUUUAAGAUUGUAUAAUGUUUAUUGAAAUAAUGAAAUUAAAAAUAAAAGUCAACUUUUGA